UCUUGUUUAUACUUCUUGUAAUGUGCUUGGCGUGGCAGGCGCGGGGUGCUGUGAACUGCACCGCGACUGGCGCCGGCCGUUUCGCCGAACCCGACGACACAACCUGCCAGAACUACACACUCUGCGUCCUCAGCGGCUCCACUUACCUCUCCUACGACUACGUCUGCCCCACCACCUCCCUGUUCAACCCCAACACCGCCAUGUGCACCACCGACUACACUUGCCCCACCACCACUACGAAUACGACGAGUACCUCGAUUUGUACGGCGGAAGGCUACUUUGCUGACUCCAAUUCCACCGACUGCUCGAGCUAUAUCGAGUGCGUCGACAUCAACGGCACAUACACGGAAACCACGUUCACUUGCCCCAACAAUACGUAUUUCAACCCGAACACUACUCUGUGUGAGUCCGAUUACAACUGCACCACGACGGCCACUUUUGCUUGUUCUGCUGCUGGAAGGUUCGCGAACUCCGCCGACACCACCUGCCAGACCUACUACUUCUGCGUCCUCCAGUCUGACGGUACUUACGUCCAGUACGAGUACACUUGCCCCACUACAUCCGUUUUCAAUCCCACGACGCGAAUGUGUACCACUUCUUACACUUGCACCUAACAUUGGUAAUUAAAAGUGGAAAGCACGAUAAAAUAUUAUGAUGGUGAACUGAGA